AUGGAAAAAUAAUAAGCAGCCGGUUCUGUUUGGAAUGUAAAUUCUUGGCAUUGGGAAUAAAAAAACUAUACAUCAUAAGCUAAUAAAAUAUUAGAAGAAAUUUUCUUGUCCUUAAACUUAGAAUAAGAUGGAAUAUAAAUAAAACAUUCUAAAAUAAAAUCUAUAACAGGAGAUGCUGAAAUUAAUGUUAGAAAAGGAAAAUAAAUUUUAUGUUAUGAUUUUAAUAUUGAAGUUGAAUUCAUUGGAUAAAAUUAAGAAGAAGAAUGUGAAGGAUAUUAUAAAGUACAUGGAAUAAAUCCAGAUGAUGAUGACUUUGAGGUUGAUCAUAUUACUUUAAAUUCUAAAAAUAAAUGCGGUGAAAUGACUAAAAAAAUCCUUUUGAAAAAGUUAAAAGGAGAAUUAACUAAAGUUUUAAAAGAUUUACCUAAAAAAAUUGCUUAAUAUGAAAAUGACCCUGAAAAAAUAAAGUAGAAUGAGUUGCUAAGAUAAUAAAAUUUAUAAGCUACAUAAAAAGCUAGAUAAGAAAAAGGUUAGGAAAAAGAAUUAAUAUUUUUGGAAUAAAGACAAAAAGAAAUGGAAAUGAAAUAAUAAUUUGCAUUAAAAUAAUGA